ACGUGAAUCAAUAUUUUCUCCAAUCCCCCGUCUCUGUAGUCUACCCAGUCCCAUUUGUUGCCCAGUACCGCGGGGCUAUGAGGCUCUGAACUUGUGGGCUGGAUACUGAAGCAGGAAGGAAUUUGAUUUUUGACCAUUUGAGCCAUGCAUGUGUACAUUAUGCGUAAAUCCAUUUUUCUCAACUUUUCUGGCAGCGUGUUAAACCAAAGUGUGUACCAAUCAAUGUCUUAAAAUGUAAUACAAGUAAAGAUGGAGUUUUUUAGGGAACUAAGAGAGCUUCGAGGUAACCAAGAAAGGGAGGAGGAAGAAGGUGUUGUUUUUGUGGAACCGAUUACCUGGAUAGUACAAUCGGCAUUGCAAGAUUUAUUGGAGUCUAUAACACCAGAGAGCAAUGCAAACUCAAGUGCUGCUAGUGGUUCUAAUAGCCACAAUUCCUCAUCCUCUAGGGCCUCAUCUUCAGGGACGGUGUUGGGUGGUAGAGGAGAGGGAAGGACUGGUGGUGGCACCCUAGUAAUAACAACUACAGAGGAGAGUGUGCCUAUGAUGGGUGUGUGGGAAAAUAUGCCCUUUGCUGGCAAGUUAAACAAUAUUUGGAAGGCGCAACAAGAUAUGUUGGCUAGGUUUAAGUUUAAAGCUACGCUCCACCAUGAAGUAGUUGAUGGUGUAGCCACCGUGAAAGGAAUGAAUAAAUUGGAGGCAGUAGUGUAACAAUUCCAAAUCCCUAGAACGAUGUUGGUUUGGGCUACCACCAAAAAUGAAAGGGCUUGCUCAGU